AUGGCGCACGAUAGGCACAAAAUCAUCGUUGGUGUUGAUUAUGGAACUACAUUUACUGGAAAGACCAUCGAUGAUAUUGUCCUUAUCAAGUCCUGGCCUGGACGCGCGAGACACACCGAAACCGUCCUCAAAACACCUUCUCGAAUCGCGUACGCCACGGAUAAUACUGGAAAACACCGCUGGGGUUAUCAGGUUGAGCCGGGAAUGAUGUCCUAUUCGUGGACCAAACUGCUCCUAGACAGGGGCACUCCCCUCACUAGUUAUGACGCGGCGCUUGAAGGUGCUGCUGCUAUCGGGAUGUUCAGACUACCAGAAGACAAAGAUGCUGUGCAGGUUGCCAGCGACUUUCUUUCUGGUGUUUAUGAACACAUUCUUACAACAAUUGCGAAACAAAUCACCGAAGAGGCGUUGAGAGUUACACCCCUUGAGUUCUGGUUUACAGUGCCGGCUAUUUGGUCCGAUGAGGCCAAACAUUCAACGUUGGAAGCUGCCCGAAGGGCCGGGUUUGGUUCAAUGAGGGCCAAUAUCCAGGACACAAUCUGUCUUAUUCCGGAGCCUGAAGCGGCCGCGAUUGCAGCACUCAGGAGAUCGCUAAUUCGGCGGAUACAGCCUGAUGAUGGGGUUCUUGUUUGUGACUGCGGUGGAGGAACAGUGGAUAUUACCACGUACUUGGUUAAGCAGGUGCAACCCACGCUCAAGUUUGAAGAGCUUUGUACAGGCAUUGGAGGGAAAUGUGGUUCGACAGCGGUUGACCGUAAGUUCUAUAACCUGAUGGGCCAGAUCUUUGGUAAAGCCUUCAGUGACCUUCCACGCCGUCGGACCGCACCUGGAAGCGACUUCAUGAAUAAAUUCGAAAUUAUCAAGCGCGACUUUGGCUACUCUUCUGCUGAAACGACGCACGAGCUCUUUCUGAACAUGAAUCCUGUUGGAGUGAAUGCAGAAUACUUCAACGAAGACGAAAGCUUAGUGAUAGUUUCUAACAAUGACCUUCAGUCUCUUUUUGAUCCCGUUGUGGAGAAGAUUAUAUCGUUGGUCCGCCAGCAGAUCGCCGUUGCUAAUAAGGAGGCAAGGCGCGAGGCAGUCAAUAGGAUAAUCCUGGUUGGUGGCUUUGGAGACUCCGAGUACUUACGGAACGCAUUUCGAAACACGUUUGGACCGACUGGCAAUAUCACGGUCACAGUGCCGAAAAAUGCCCAAGCGGCUAUUGUUCAAGGAGCAGCGCUUCGUGGACUAGAAGGUCUUCGUGCUGACAAUAGGCGGUCCCGUCGACAUUAUGGAUUCGCAUGGUCGCUCCCCUUUCGGAAAGGCAUCGAUAAUAACAAGGAUUCCUAUGUUCAUAUCUAUGACGGCAAAAGAUAUGCCCGAGGCUAUAUGAGGUGGAUGGUUUCCAAGGGUGAACGAAUCCCAGAUGGUUAUUCCAGCCAGGUGGAAGUGAAGAGAGGCCAUCGGCAAGGCGAUAGAUUGGUCUUUGUAGACUGCCUUUACUCAUGCGAUAUAGAACAAGCCGCAACACGGGUAGAACACCAGGGGGUGCGGAAGGUCGGGGAAAUCAUCGUUAACUUCGAAAAGGUUGAUUUGUCGAGGUUUCCCCACAAGGUCUCUAACGGCAAGGUUGUGUAUCUCUUGAAUUGUUGCAUUACAGUGAUAUUCGGGGCGGAAGAAGGAUUCCUGAAGUUCGAGGCGCACUCGGACGGACAGCUCAUCGGCGCAACUUCGAUUAAUUUCACCCAUACCAGCUUCUACUGACGCGCCUUCUCGGUGACUUUCUUUGCUGACUGACGAGAUGUGAGCAGCUCCUGCGAUGAUAUGAAGGUUGAUAUCCGGCGGCAUCGCGAUCGGGUUGUGAUUAUGACAUAUUAUCGUUUUGGUGUGGGCAAGGAGCAAGUAGACAACGUUGGAAAGCCGAGGAGAAACUAGUCAGACCUUGGAUUUACUCUUUGGUAUCCAUUGGGCUAGAAAGUAUAAAGAACGCUUUUUGCCUUUAUCAAAUCAUCCAAAUAUUCAAUAUUUGCACGUUUGUCUUCGAUGAUAAAUAACAUC